GAAUUGAUUUUAGAUACAGAUAAAAAAAAGGGGGGGGUUCCUACAUGAGCAUAUACGCAGUGUCAUGCGUCUCGUUAUUUCAGGACCUGACUCCUGAUACAGAAGUAAAAAUAGGUUAACGACAUCCGGGUUUAUGACUCAGGCAUACUGGUUCACCAUCAUGAAUGAAGCAGAAAACGGCCAUAAGUUGGCCUCUCAAAAUUUACCAGCAGAUAAGACCAAACUUCGAGGAAACUGGAGGAAUAAAUGGGAGUUCAUCCUGUCAUGUCUUGGAUACAGUGUAGGGUAUGGGAACAUAUGGCGAUUUCCUUACCUGUGCUACAAGAACGGUGGAGCUGUAUUUCUGAUCCCUUACUACACCCUGAGUCUCUGCGCUGCUCUUCCAUUGUCUUUCAUGGAAAUGUCUAUUGGCCAAUAUACAAGCCUUGGUCCAUUUGUGCUAUUUGGAAAACUAGCUCCCAUCUUCUCUGGUAUUGGCUGGAGCGUUAUAAUGAUGUGCUUUCUCUUUGCUGCAAGUUAUAACCUGAUUGUGUCAUGGUCCAUAUUCUACUUCUUUGCUUCCUUCAGCAACACCUUGCCCUGGGGACACUGCAACAAUGACUUCAAUUCACCUGGUUGCUACUCUAAUUCAGAGGCAAUGCUGUGCAUGAACCAGUCCCUUCACUAUUACAACAGAACCUGCUUAUCAGUGGAUGAUUAUUGCCAAAUUUCUCAACUCACAGCACACAAUCUCACCCACUGCAAUCACUCAGAGGGUCCAGUCUUGGCCAAUGGCUUACUGCCAAAAAUUUCACCCAGUGAGGACUUUUUCAAGAAUCGAAUGCUAGGUUCUCAUGGGAAGACCUGGAGUAAUAUGGGUGGCCUUCAAUGGGAAAUCGUUGGUUGCCAAGCGCUGAGUCUCUCCAUCAUUGCCCUGUCCCUCGUCAAAGGAAUCAAGAGUGUAGGCAAAGUAGUUUAUUUCACAGCUACUUUUCCUUACCUCAUUCUUGCAAUCCUUUUUGUCAGAGGUAUCACUCUCGAAGGAGCUUCUCAAGGCAUUCAGUACUACCUGUUGAAGUUCAACAUAUCGAAGUUAGCUGAAGCACAGGUGUGGAGUGAUGCGGCGAUUCAGAUUUUCUAUUCCAACUGCAUAGCAUUUGGAACUCUCAUCAGUCUGUCCUCCUACAACAAGUUUAAAAACAACUGCAUGAGGGAUGCUGUAGUCAUCAAUCUUUCCAACUCCUCAACGUCAGUUUUUUCUGGAUUUGUCACAUUCAGCAUUCUUGGAUUUCUGGCCCAAGAACUUGGAGUAAGGGUGGAUGAAGUAGCAUCAUCAGGAUCUGGUAUGGUAUUUGUGGCAUAUCCCACAGCAUUAGAACUCUUACCUUUUCCCCAGCUGUGGUCUGCCUUGUUCUUCUUCAUGCUAAUUAACCUAGGAAUUGGCAGUCAGAUACCUACAGUGGAAACUCUAACAUCAGCAUUGUAUGACCAAUUUGAGUUCUUACGGGGAAGGAAGACCAUAGUGUCAAUCUCGACAUGCUUAGUUUUGUUUCUUUGUGGUUUAACGAUGUGCCUGGAAGGAGGGAUACUGAUGUUCGAGUUGUUUUUCUUCUACUCCUCUGGCCUGGGGCUUUUCGUGACAGCUUUUGCCCAGCUCUUCAGCAUUCAGUUCUGUUACGGUACAAAGAAAUUGCUCAGCAACAUCAGAGAGAUGGACGUACACAUUCCAAAAUGGUUAGAAUAUUACUGGAUAACCGCCUGGACUGUUGUAGCUCCUUUCCUACUCUUUACCAUCAGUUUCUUUUACAUCUACUACUUCGUCCCUGCUUACUGGGGAGACUACGUGUUCCCAACGAGAAUUCAAGUCCUGGGUUGGUUCCUUACCUUUGCCACCAUGGGGUUCAUUCCCCUGGGGGUGGUUUUCGCUUGCUGGAGGCACAAAUGUCACUGGGGAGACAUGCUGAAGGUCUCGGACGACUUCUGCCCAGCAAGUGUCAGGAGGGAGACGAGGGCGCUCGCUGGGAACUCCGAACUUAUCCUCGACGAAGAUUUCCAGGGUAGCUGCAAAAAUGAGGAAGAUGACCAAAGUACUAAAGAAGAAAUUCCAAGUCGCGAAAAAGACAUUCCAGUGCAAGGAGUAAAAUUCAUCUGAUCAGAGUAUUAUUCUUAGAAAGUAAAUUAUCAUUUUGAAGAUGAGCUCCUACUAAAGCAGUAUUUUAAUUAUAGGAUUAUGUCUAUAGGGAUCAAUUGUUAUAUAAUGUUUCUGUCAACAGAUAAUUAUCCUGUGAUUCACUGUAUAGCCUUGUAGAUUUUUAUCAGUGAGGUUGAAUUAGAGUACAACAGUCUUUAAUUUUUAAUACAAAGCCAGGAUUAAAAUAAAACUCUUGAACAUUUAA